AUGUCUCGGAUCGCAAAGGAUCAGAUUGUGGAAUUCUCAAUGGAGGAUGUUCAGUCGGAGAAAGUGCGACAUGACUGCUCCCUGCUUGGUCGCCUUUUCACCGACCAAAACUUCUCUCCCCUUGAGGUGCGUGAACUGGUGAACAAUCCUUGGCAGGGACGUGGACGGAUUAGAGUGAGAGCAGCUGCACAUGGACUCUUUGAGUUCGUUCUACCCACUAAGACGGCGAAGACUUGGGUUCUCAAGCAAUCGCCGUGGAUCCUUGGUGAUAAAAUUCUACAUCUCCGUCCCUGGAUCUCGGCUGCAAGUCGACGAACUUUUGACGAGCUUGCUCUCGUACCCUUCCGUGUGCAGCUGUGGGAGAUCCAACCGGAGUGCUGCACCCAUCAGUUUGGGCGCAAAGUCGCGGCUGCCAUGCUCGGACGAGUGUUGGAGGUGGAACUAUUCUCAUGCUCCGAAGCUGAUCAGCGCUUCAUCAAGGUGAAAGUCUUGCUGGAUUUCUCCAAACCCCUUAGGUCCCAGAUUAUGGCGACUAAUGACGAGACCGGGGGCUUUUGGAUUCGUCUAAAGUAUGAAUAUUUACCGAGUUUCUGCUAUCAUUGUGGGAGGGUGGGUCAUUCCCGCCAAAUGUGCACGUUCCCCCCGCCCGCCGGCAAAGAAAGGUUUGGACCGCAAAUGUCAACUAAAAAGAUGGGCCACAAGCUCUUUGAUGAAGAGGACCAGUUGCCUCAAUACCCGAAGAGAUCAGUCUGGGUUAAUCAAGAGACUCGGCCAAAUAAGGGGAGUACUCAACACCCUGCUCGUGACCGUGUAGAUGAAGGGCGGAGGGAGAGUGAAGCGGAAAAGAAGCCACUGAUUGGUGACAGCCCACUAUGGAUGGGCUCUUCCACAAAUCCGUUUAUGGAGACUAAGCCUCCUGUGCUGCGCCAGGGACGUAGCCCGCACCGAUUCCCAGUUGCCAAAGGCCCGAAAAUUCAGCUACGAAGUCAGGGUCGUAAACAUCCGCUAUCGGCGAAUCAUGUCUCUCGUCCGAUUGGGACUCGCCCACCAGGGACAGAGAAUAGAGGAAGACGCAAGAAUAAUUCUCUUAAACAAACAGUCCUGGCUGAUAGUUGCGUUGACAAAUCGAAGGAGGGUACAAGGGUUUCUCGGCCUGCCUCUCCGACCCCUGCUCCACCGACCCGUAGCCAAAGUCUGGAAGUGUCAAGACGUCGGCGUAUUAUCCUCGAGGAUGAGUCCGAAGAUGAGUUCGUGGUUCAGGAGGUCCCCUUGAAGAAUAACUUGGCUCUGCCUAAAUCGGGGUCUCGAGCUUCGAAAAAGAAUGGGAGAAAAUCAAAGGGGCAGGGUAGCUGGGUUUUGCGAGGGGACAAACUGGUGGAUAGGGCGGCGGAGCAAGGUCCCUGCCCACCCCUGGCUACAGCUACAGCUCGGCCUCGGCGUGUCCGCAACCUAUCGAAGGGUGUCACCCCUGAACCUAGGGUGCAUGACGAGGUGGGUGCUACUUUGGAGGUGUCGAUGGAUACCUCUCCACAGAGGAAGACUGUUUCGGUGGGUCCUCUCCCUGAUGUGUCCAUGCCAGAGGAUUCAGACGAGACCCUCUCUGAAGAUGAUCACCUAUCUUUCGAGAUCAAACGUCGUGGGCAUGGCGGCCGUCUUCCUUCGGGAGAUAACCAACCUGGCCGAGUGCAAGAGGUGGUCCAGGCCUUUGAGAGUGGGUUAAUCGUGAAUGAAUCUCCCACUAAGAAAUGGGUGCGCAGACCCCGAUCAAUGGAAGCGAACAAGCAACAAGACUUGGGUGUCAAUGAGGAUGGUCAGUUAGGCCUGAAUGUGUAUGGUUCCAACAUGUGUAAUGCUGCCAUUGGGGGAGUUAAACGCUCCUUGGAAUCUGUUGACGGUGCCAAUACUGAGCCUCCCAUUCCAAAGAAACAAUUUGUGGAAGAAACGGAUGAGCUAGAGAAGGUGGAGGAAGCCAGCCUCGAAUGGCCCCAGCCGGAUAAAUGA